AUGGCGCCUGGCCCCGCUACGACAGCGGCCGACGAAAGCCAGCAGCGCGAACGUGAAAGACUGCCCCACCACCAGACACCGCAAAUUUUAACCCCACCACUGUCGUUUUCACUAUUGGCCGUCGUCCUCCUCCUUGUCGCCCUCGUAUACCAGCACCACAACCACCACCACCAGCUGGCCCUUAUUUUUACGUCGCCGGCCGAGCAAAGUUCUGCAUCUUCUCUCUUGCAUCUCGAACCAUCCUCCAAACCUCUUCCAGAAACACCACCCCGUGUCCAACCACCCCAAUCCAACACAAUGGCUACUGAGCAGACCUUCAUUGCUAUCAAGCCCGAUGGCGUCCAGCGUGGCCUGGUCGGCCCCAUCAUCAGCCGCUUCGAGCAGCGUGGCUACAAGCUGGCCGCUAUCAAGCUGGUCUCGCCCACCAAGGAGCACCUUGAGGCUCACUACGCUGACCUGAAGGACAAGCCCUUCUUCCCCAGCCUGAUCACCUACAUGCUGAGCGGCCCCAUCGUCGCCAUGGUCUGGGAGGGCCUUGACGCCGUCAAGACCGGCCGUGUCCUGCUCGGUGCCACCAACCCCCUGAACUCGCAGCCCGGCACCAUCCGUGGUGACUAUGCCAUUGUCACCGGCCGCAACGUCUGCCACGGCUCCGACAGCGUCGAGAACGCCAAGAAGGAGAUUGCCCUGUGGUUCAAGGACGGCGAUGUCAUCUCCUACAAGUCGUCCCAGCACGACUGGAUCUACGAGUAA